GCAACAAGCGGCAACGUGCGCUGAAGCUCCAAGCUCCGAAUUUUCUAUUUACUUUCGAGACCCGCCCAAAACACCCAGUGGACAACAGCGACAGCACAUUCAGUCAACGCGGCCGGCCCAUCGACGACAAGCAACCAGACACUCCAGAAGCUUCACUCCCUACGACAGCAAGCGGCCUGCAAAAACUCACGUCUCGAUCAGCGCGGCUGUCCUGCCAUGUUAUAGCAACCUGUCUGCCACCAGGUUUCGCGCUGCAACCAUGGCUGUCCCACGAAGGGCGCCGUACAAGGACUUCCUCCAACCUGCACUCCAACGACGCUUCGCAUCGACUGUCGGGGUUCUCCUGGGUAUCGCCUACCUUGAGUCGCUGACAUUGUCAAGCUGGAACUCAUUUAUCUGGUCAUGGUUCCCCGUAGGCGUGCCUGGCAUCCGGACGCUGGGCAUAUUCGGCUGCGCCCUGCCAAUCAUUAUCCUUCGGAUUGCGCACUCACAUCUCGGCAAGCGAACAUCUGCGUCGCCAAUCGAAACAUUUCGACGUGAGAUCUCAUCACUUGCGAGCAUCGAAACCGUCAUUACCUACAUGCUCUCUGCCUGGCUGUUUAGUCAAUUCUAUCUCUUCUCGCUUCCCGACGAUGCCAACUUGAACUGGAUCACCUACCACAGCGGUGACCGAGCGCGACUGAACGAGCGUGCGCUAUUCUAUACCGUGCAUCUCAUCCUUCUUGGUUUCGCCUAUGGCAUAAUACACAUCGCUCUGGAUCGAGACAGGUUGUCUCUCGGCACCGUUUCACCGAAGACGGAUGAAGGGCCCGCAAAGUUGGUCAGGCAGGACCCAUGGGACAAACUGGCCAAGGACCUCCCACGAACAAUUGUGCGAGUCGUGCUCGUCUCGAUGACGGUGGGCGUGGUCAACUAUGUCUUCGUCUACAGCAUACUCCGACGAUCAGCCUGGAGCUGGGCAUUGGCGUUCUUCCGCUGGUUCUACAACCUGCCAAAAUCCAACAUCCCACCGCAAAGCGCACCUUGGAGCGUGUGGAUGCUGAUCCGCUCCCUGUGGGCUGGCUUUUUGUUGUCGCUCCUCUGGAGCAUCAGCGACGUGUUUCUAACGGUGCAGCUGGCCAAGGAGCCCAUCAAGAACAGCCAGCCUCUGACUUCCGAGUCCAAAGAUCCCAACGGCAGCCUGAUGAACGGCUUGAAGAGCAAGAAGCCUCGUCCUUCGGCAUUUGCCAUUUGGGAGCUGGCGUACAUCGCACGCGACUUUGACGACCGAAGAAAAGCCAUCUUUGAGGACAUUGACCGUCCAGAGGGGCCCAUGUGGGCACAGAUUUAUUCGAUCUGUAUGGACAAGCUGAAGACGAUUGAGAAGUCCAUCGAUGAGUACGGAAAGGUUCCAGCACCUGUACAACAACAAGCCCCCGCGCCCGCUCCAGCUUCCCAGCGCAUUGUGCCGCCACCCAGCAACGAGGACGUCUGGGCGCCGCCUAGACAGUCUACUGGACUCAGCAGUCGGGUUGGAGGAGUUGUCAAGUCCAUUGGGACGUCGCCUGGAAAGACUCCUGCCGAAUACCUGGGUACCGAGGCCAGGCGACGGAUUGGUCAGGCCACUGACCAGUACUUGACCAAGGAACAGAAGGAGAUGAUGAGCCCCGAGCACCUGAACUCGUCCGCGCGCAACCUAGCCCUGCGUGUGCUGUCAACACCGUGGGUCGGUCCUAUCUUCCACCAGGAUUUCCGACGAUCCCUGGUCAAGGCCGUGCUGGGCACGCCCUAUGCCGAGCCGAGUGUGCCUAUCAACGCCGCCUUCAUUCUGUCGCAACUCGCCGUGUCGAGUCUUGCCGAGGACAGAUAUGGGAAUGUGCAGAGGGAUGUGUCGACGAUUGUGCGGACAUUUACUGUACUCAUCAAGAAGCUGGAGAAGUUCAGCGCCGACUUCCCCGUCCACUGGACCGACUUGUCUGGGAAGCGUGAGUGUCCCGAGGUAGAUGCACUUCUGGAUGCGCUCAAGGACGGUCUCAGCCGGCUGGUAACGGCGUUUUCUCCGUACGCUACAGACCUACGCCUUAGCCGGGCGGAUAUGAGGCUGGCGAAGGAGGCUGCUGAGAAGCCGCUGCCAAAGCUGGUCGAAGCGGCGGGUGGGCCGGAGAUGGAGCAGGUCAAGUAGUGUACGUUUAUGUAGUUUCGACACGGGUUUGGACGUCAGCAACAGAUCAUAAAUGAGGAGAGGGACGCAAUGGCAGAAGCGGCCGUGGUACUACAACCCAGAUGAGAUAAAUCACAUAUAAUCACCUUACCAAUGGAUCCCGAGAUCGCAAAGAUGGGGUAGUCAAAAC